GGGCCGCCGUAGUGACGUUCUUCUUCGUUUAGCAGGCGCCUUCUGACCAUUAAGCUACAACAAGCUAGCGUCUGAAAAAAACAAUUGAAUGAAGUUGAGAGAUUCGUCGUGAGGAUGGAGAGUAUAAAUGCCAAAUACGUGUCCCAGAAAAUCAGCAAGACCAGAUGGAAACCUGUAUCGCAUUCGACGUUGCAGCAACCAGAAAUCUUUGCUACCGGAUCGUGGGACAACGAGGAGAACAAGAUUUCCCUCUGGUCCAUUGGAAACCAUGAAAACGUUGCCAUGGAUGAUGGCAAUGAAGGAGAUCCACAGGUUCUGUGUGAACACAAACACGAUGGUGAUGUUUUAGACCUUCAGUUUCUCGACCAAGACAGAAUUGUCACAGCAUCAUCAACCGGAGCAGUCACCAUCUACCGCCACCACCCAAACACUCAGACUCUCUCAGUAUCACAGCACUGGGCGAGAGCACAUCGAUACCCCUGUGACAGCGCCCCCUGUACCAGCGUGGUGUGCAGCAGUCCUGAGAUUGUGACUGUCGGUGAAGAUGGCAGGAUCGUUGUGUUCAGAGCUGACCAUGAAGGAGUGGUCCAAACGAUAGAGAAUGCAGACAGCAGCACCAUCCAUGCAGUGACGUAUCUGAGGACCACAGAGAUUUUAACGGUGAACUCCAUCGGACAACUCAAGAUGUGGGAUCUCAGACAACACAGCAAGUCGCCAUCACAGAUUUUCUCCUUGUCAGGGGACAGAGUUCCUCUGCACUGUGUGGACAGGCAUCCAAACCAGCAGCACAUUGUGGCCACAGGAGGUCAGGACGGCAUGCUGUGUGUUUGGGAUGUCAGACAAGGCAACAGUCCCUUCUCACUCAUGGAAGCACACUCUGCUGAAAUGUGGGAGGUCCAUUUCCAUCCAACCAACCCAGACCAUAUGUUCACCUGCUCAGAGGAUGGUUCACUGCUCCACUGGGAGACAUCUUCACAGUCAGAUCUGCCCUCUUUCCUACAAGGGAACAGAAACAACAGUAUGAUCUCUCGCAGUGCUAUGCCAUCAGCUGGAGGAAACCAGUCCAUCAUCAGCGCCUGGCUGAGCGGAGACUCCAGUAAAAGCCGCCUGGAGACAACACACAUGCUUCCCAGCCAAACGCUGUCAGUCAACAGUCUGGACGUGCUCGGGCAUUAUCUUGUCUGUGGGACUGACGGAGAAGCUAUUUUUGUCCACAGGCAAAUCCCAGUGUGAAAGUGUAUAUUCUCGGGCUAUUAUCAGCAAGUUAAUUUUGACCAACUUGACUUAGUCCAGCUAUUCUGUUUGUAUGGAUGUACUGUAUUUGUUAUAAAAACCUUUGAUAAAAAUAAAAAAAUUAAGUUUACAAACAUAA